AAGGGGCCCCCGGACAAUAGGGGAUCAUGGGGCCCCUGUGUCCUUGCCCACACUCAAAAAAGCCUCCACUUAUGGUCAUCAAUAGUGGCACUCUCUCCUCUCCUUACAAAUCUCCUCCAGCUACUGCCAUCAGCCGCAUUAGAUUUUCUCCAUGUAGGGCCCCAGCAGGGGCGGACUGACAACUCAUGGGGCCCCCCAGGCAAUAGGGGAUCAUGGGGCCCCUGUGUCCUUGCCCAAACUCAAAAAAGCCUAUGAAAAAGGUACCAGGGGCAUCUCAUGGGGCCCCCUACUGACCCCAGGCCCUCGGGCAGUUUCCAAAUGGUCAGUCCGCCCCUGGGCCCCAGUAAUAAAACAAAGAACAU